UCCGUAGGCGCCCAGGAUGUGCCUGGAAAAGGAAAUGAAGCCUAGGUUCCAGCAAAGUGGGACGUCUAUGUGCUGGGGUACACUUGUCGUUUAUGGUUUAUUAGUUGGACCUCUCAUUCCGUGAUCUCACCUCCCGACUGGGUAGUCAGUCAGCAUACCGGGCCAGGGCAGUUAGGUAGAUGAUCCAACUUGGAGUACAAGGCUGAGAAUUUUAAUUGCUGCUGGCUGGCUGGAUUGAGUGUAACAUCUGUGGGAGAAGAUGUUUUGGGGUGCUUUGUCUAAUGGGAGUCUUAACAGGGAAUAAAAUUUAAGCCCUCUAAAGUCUAGAGUCUAAAUCUUCCUUUGACGCCUGGCCGUGCUACUUGAGUAUUUCCUGUGUUACAAGCAUUAUAAUGUGAAAAUGCUUCUAUUCUGUUGUAAUUGGCUGGGAGGCUCACUGCCUCUGUCCGCUAACUUAGGCCUGCCUAGUCUUGGAAGCUCCUAGCCACUUAUCUGAGCCUUGAAUGUUUUCAGCCUCUUGAGACCUGCUGCUGAGUAAGCUCGCUCUUCUUUCUGAACUCUAGCUGGCUGGUUCGACUCAGCUGUUGUGGCUCAAACUCCUCUCCCAGCUGACUUAUUCAAUCUGUCUUUUCUCUCCGCCUCUGAAUUGCUGUUUGGCCUUAAACUAACUCUAGUUAUCUGUUCUAAUCUUCCGGCUCCUUCUCAUUUUCUUGCUCAUUUUGUCUUCAUCUGUGUCUAGCUUGUUCUCUCUUCAGUCUGUGUCUGUAAAACUCUUAACAGUAAAACUGCCUCCUCCCUCUCAACUCCACUGUACUGCUCUCCACAAACUCUACUAUAUUUCCUGUACUGUGCCCUCUUCCUCCGGUACAGUCCGUCUCUCCCUAAAGUAGCUUCCCUUUCUCUUCUCAUGCGAGUUGGGCAUAUCCUCUUCUGUCAAAUUUUUCUCUGACUCUCAUCACUUUUUUUUGCCAUUCAAUUAGACAUAACUUUCAAACAUGGGUGCUUCCUUCUACAAACUAACUUUACCGUCAUUGUUUGGGUUAAAGGUUGGAGACAGGCUAUUGUGGCAAGUGUCGUGGCAUGAUUCGUUUACGAAGACGUGGGACUUCAGCAUGAGUGACUACAGAGCCUUGAUGAAGGCCGUCGAGCGACUCUCCACGGUCUCCCUUCAGCCAUUGGAAGAGGUCGAUGGCACUGGGGGACAGACCAGCCUCCCCUCAGCUCCAUCCCUUACCUUUGUCACAGGGAGAUGCAUGCUCAUUUCCCGAGCCCGCUUCGAGGUUGACAUCGGCUAUUCUGAGGUGGUGAUUGCCCUGUUUAAGCAGAUGGAGUCCAGGAAUUACGAUCCGAAGACCAGGAAGUGGAACUUUCUCUUGGAAGAGCACAAUAAACUAAUUGCAAGGUCCCGUGAGCUCAAGCAAGUCCAGCUGGACCCUCUGCCCAAGACCUUGACCCUGGCAUUUGCAUCUCAGCUGGAGAAAACGUCUCUCCAAUCGAAAGCAGAUGUGCCAGAAGCUGACCUUUCUGGAGUGGAUGCCAAGCUUGUGUCUAACCUCAUGCCCUUUCAGAGAGAGGGAGUUAGCUUUGCCAUAUCAAAAAGAGGCCGCCUGCUACUUGCCGAUGACAUGGGCCUAGGGAAGACCAUCCAAGCCAUCUGCAUAGCAGCUUUUUACCGAAAGGAAUGGCCACUGCUGGUGGUUGUGCCUUCCUCUGUGCGCUUCACCUGGGAGCAGGCCUUUCUGCGAUGGCUUCCAUCACUUAGCCCAGAGGACAUCAACGUGGUGGUGACUGGGAAGGGCCGCCUAACAGCUGGCUUGGUCAACAUUGUCAGCUUUGACCUUCUGAGCAAGUUGGAGAAGCAGCUAAAAACCCCUUUCAAAGUCGUCAUUAUUGAUGAAUCGCACUUCCUCAAAAACAUCAAGACUGCCCGAUGCCGAGCAGCUGUGCCUAUCCUAAAGGUUGCCAAGAGGGUGAUCCUGCUGUCGGGCACACCUGCCAUGUCGAGGCCUGCAGAGCUCUACACACAGAUCAUUGCUGUCAAGCCAACCUUCUUCCCUCAGUUUCAUGCUUUCGGACUGCGCUACUGUGAUGCCAAGCGGCUCCCUUGGGGCUGGGACUACUCGGGCUCCUCCAACCUGGGUGAGCUGAAGCUGCUGCUGGAGGAGGCAGUCAUGCUGCGGCGGCUCAAAUCUGAUGUCCUUUCCCAGCUUCCAGCCAAGCAACGCAAGAUGGUGGUGGUCAACCCUGGUCGGAUCAGCACCAGGGCUAAGGCAGCCCUGGAUGCAGCAGCCAAAGAAAUGACCAAGGACAAAACUAAACAGCAGCAGAAGGAAGCUCUCCUUGUCUUCUUCAACAGAACAGCAGAAGCUAAAAUCCCAUGUGUCAUCGAAUAUAUCCUGGACCUUCUGGAGAGCGGGCGAGAGAAGUUUCUAGUGUUUGCACACCAUAAGGUGCUUCUGGAUGCGAUUGCUAAGGAACUUGAGAGGAAGAAUGUUCAGCACAUCCGCAUUGAUGGCUCCACGCCCUCUGCAGACCGGGAGGAUCUGUGCCAGCAGUUCCAGCUGUCCAAAGGACAUACGGUGGCAGUGUUGUCCAUCACAGCCGCCAACAUGGGCCUCACCUUCUCCUCGGCUGAUCUGGUGGUGUUUGCUGAGCUGUUUUGGAACCCCGGGGUGUUGAUCCAGGCCGAGGACCGCGUGCACCGCAUUGGACAGACAAACUCUGUGGGCAUCCACUACCUGGUGGCAAAAGGCACCGCAGAUGACUACCUCUGGCCUCUGAUUCAAGAGAAGAUUAAAGUUCUGGGGGAAGCUGGGCUUUCUGAGACCAAUUUCUCAGAAAUGACAGAAGCUACUGACUACCUCUACAAGGACCCAAAACAGAAGACGAUCUAUAGCCUGUUCCAGCAGUCCUUCGAAGACGAUGGGAAUGACAUGGAAUUCCUGGAGGCAGCAGAGUCCUUUGAACUAGGAAGUACUUCAGGGACCUCUGGAAAUAGCUCGCAGGAGCUAGGAGAUAUCACAGAUGAGAACGCCUUGGCAGACAGCCCACCAAAGAAAAGGAGAUUUGAAUUCUUUGAUAAUUGGGACAGCUUUACCUCUCCCUUUUGAAAGGUUCAAAGAAAGAAAAGAAAUGAAAGCAUUCAAAAAAUCAUGGGACUCAAUGAAAUAAAAUAUUUUGUUUAAAA